UUUGGCUUAAUUUAAUAAUAGAGGUUUUACGUUUAAGUGCUGUCUUGGGAUAUCGGAGAAACGUCAACCGAAAUAACGAAUAUAACCGCUGUAUUUAUCAACAAAACCACCUCUGUUGAAGAAAUAUUAUACGAAGAAAUAUGUGGAGCAAAAUUUUGCCCCUACACGAAUAAAGAAGUCAAUCCUAAUUUAGAGCCACCCUCAUCGUACAAGAUUAACAUGAUUUCCGGAAUUUAUAUUGCUUGUAUAUUAUUAGCCUUCUUGACAGUAGCAAUAGGAAUGGAUUCACCAAAAAGAUAUCAUAAAGAAAGAAAAAGUAAACAGCAGGGCAAAAGAAUAAGUGGGCUAAAACUAUUACUUGUGACAUUGAAGCACAUUAAAAAUCCUUAUCAGGCACUAAUUCUUCCCAUUACAAUGUUCAUAGGAGCAGAACAAGCUUUUUUAGCUGCUGAUUACAAUGUCGCCUUUGUUUCUUGUGGUUGGAGUAUAAGUAACAUUGGGUUCGUGAUGAUAUGUUUUGGUGUGUGUAAUGCCGUUGCAGCGAUCCUGGCUGGUGCAAUCGUAAAGAAAACCGGAAGGGGACCGAUCAUAGCGUUUGCGUUAGUGCUUCACGUUGCGCUACUUAUAACCCUUCUCGGAUGGACCCCUAGUCCGAAAUAUCCUUAUGUCUUCUUUGUUAUUGCAGGACUGUGGGGUAUUGCUGAUGCUAUGUGGUUGGUUCAAGUAAAUUGUAAGUACCCAAAUUAUAUGAUUACUUGUUACCAGAGAU